AUGGACAUUGAGCUUGAUGCUGUUAAAAAUUGCAGAAUUUCUUGCAUGUUUAAGUUUGUCGUGAGCAUACUUAGUAGAUAUACUCAUAAUCCAAGUGAUGAAUAUUGGGUUGCUCUUCGACGCUUACUCAGGUAUCUUAAGGGUAUGAUGUAUUGGAAACUUGAGUUUGUUUGCUAUUCUGCGAUUUUAGAAGGAUAUUGUGACGUCAACUGGGUUUCUAACAAUGAUGAAGUAAGCUCUACGAAUGAGUAUGUAUUUACUUUAGGUGGAGUAGCGAUCUCGUGGAAGUCUGCGAAGCAAACCUAUAUUGCUCGUUCCACUAUGGAGUCAGAGUUUAUAGCUCUUGACUUAGUUGGGCAAGAAGCAGAGUGGCGAAAAUUUAUUAGAUGA